AUGGAUCCAUCGAGCAAGGAGAAGUAUCGUCCCAAUUUGGAUACAGUUCUAGAGGUCCCUCACAAGAUCACAGUUCUAAAGGUCCCUCGCAAGAACACAACAAAGUUAUGGAACAGAAUGAAAUCAUUGAUGAACCCGAGGGCACUGUCUCCCGAUGUCAUUGAUGAACCCGAUGGCAGGGCACUAGCUAGCUUACUUAGAGUUAUUGGAGCUCCACUCGACCGCACACUCGACCGCAACCUCAUCCUAGGGCAAUGGGAUGCCGGGGCAGAAUACAUUGUGAAGCAAUACGUGGCGGCGUUGGGCGGGGAGAAGGCUUUGUCAUCAAUGGACAGCUUGUGUGCGACGGGCAAGGUGCAGAUCACAGUGUCAAAUGGGACGAAAGGAAGCUUGAAAUCCAUUGGCGGUGGGGGAGGAGUCGGAGGACAUGGAAUGCCAGGGUUUGUGCUCUGGCAAAAGAGGGAGCUAUGGUGCUUGGAAGUGAUGUUGUCUACUGGUUACAAAGUUAGCACGGGGAGUGAUGGCAAGGCGCCUUUGCCUUGGCAUCACUCGUAUGCUUAUCGAGUCCCACCUCUUCCCCUCGGACAUCUCCUUCAGGGUCUAAAUCCAAGGUCAACAGCAAAUUUAUUCAGAAACUCCGUUUGUUUUGUGGACAAAUUACCAAUAAACAAAGAGGACUGCUUCAUACUAAAACUGAAGGUUGAACCUUCAACACUAAGCAGCAGCAACGUAGAGAUAGUUCGACAAACCGUUUUGGGCUACUUCAGCCACAAAACAGGCCUUUUGGUGAAGCUAGAAGACUCUCGCCAACUAAGGACGACAGCUUUCGGAAAGCACAGUUAUUGGGAAUCGACAAUGGAGUCAGACUUCCAAGACUACAGAACCAUCGACGGCCUCAACAUCGCACACGGGGGUAGGACUUGUGUGUCUUUGUGUGGUGAGAGCUCGGAAGGCCAUCCCCGGAGAAGAAUAGUGAAAUUGGUUUGGGCACUUGAAGAAGUAGGUUUUGACAUUAAGGGGUUGUCCGUGGAGUGCUUCUUGCCUCCUGGUGACUUAAAGAAAGAGGAAGAAAGCUGUGGGAUGGUGAAAUCAUCUUGUGCAAAAUUAACAUCCAGAAUUCCAUCUGCUUUGAGAUUUCAAGCUACCAAAGUAGUUCCCAGUGACGAUUCUAAUCAUGAUCUAGAAGGUAGCGACAUUAGUGACCAGGAGGAUCUUCAAGAUUUCGAGAGCUGCAACAGUAGUGACCAUGAUGAUUCUGAUCAAUCUUAACUCUCAAGCUCGUUCAUACAAUCAAAAUCGAAAGAUACCUUCAA